AUGGAGUACAUGGGGAGCCAAUAUAUUGGGGAAUUUGUAGAUGGGAGGAUGGAGGGUGAAGCCGAAUACAUCCUCCCUACCGGAACAAAAUAUGUUGGGGAAAUGAAGGACGGCAUGUUUCAUGGCCAAGGAACCUUGUACUUCCCCAGUGGGAGCCGAUACGAUGCCACUUGGGAGAAAGGAUUGGUUGUAAAGGGCACGUACACCUUCUCAGACGGGCUGCAGUAUGAUGCUGAGAACUGGCAUUACUGUGACAGCUACGAUCGGAGGUUUUACACUGAGAUCUGCUAUGGCUUGAAGCCUGCAGGUAUCUCUCAACUCACCAAUAUGGACCCACCUAGAAAAAUCCCUCCAGGCUGUUAUGACUGCGGAGAUGGCUUCUAUAACCCGACCACGAGGAUUGUCACGGACUAUGAGAAUCGCUUUCUGAGGAACGCAGAUGAUGACGAGCACGAGUGGAUCAUCCGGACGUGUCGGAAGGGCUGGGACGAGACCAUGGGUCCUAAGCCCAAGCCGUGA